GCUCGAAAUAAGGCAAAUCUAAAAUAUUCAGAAGAAGCACGCGAUGCUUACGAUGAUGUUUAUAAUGCAUUAGAGACUUUAAAUAACACAGAUUUAUCAAAAUUUGACAAUAAUGAUCCAUUAACAAUAGAAGUUAUUGAUAUUUCCUCCGAUUGGGCUUGUUCUUAUCUUAAAAAUGACACAAUUGAUUUCCUUAAGGGAAGUUUAUCAGAAAGAUUAAAUUUAGAUAAAAGCGUAACAAAAGAAUGUAAAGAAAUAAUUCAAAAACAUCAUACCAACAAAGAUCUAAAGCGGGUUAUUUCUGACGAAUCUGCUCCUUCUUUGAACAAAUGGGUAGAAAAUGUAGAGUCACAAAAGCAUUGUGCACGAAAAAUUCUUGAAUGUUUAACUGGCAUUUGGAACUUAAAUACAGUUUGGUCCAAAAAUCAAUCAGAGAGAAUUUAUGUUGCACAAGUUGUGGAACCACUUAUUUCUAUUGCGCUUGAAAACCUACCAGUAGACAUUAAUUGUGAACUAAAAGGAGAAAAGCAAAGUCGUGCUAGUAAAAAUUAUAAAUCAUCAAAUUCCUCAAACUCUGCAGUUGGGGAUCGUCCGGAUAUAAUGUUUACUAUAAAAAUUAGCGAGAAUCAUCUUGAAUUGCUUUAUGUUGAAAGUGGUCGAUAUUCGACCACUGAUCAAAAAGUUUCAUCUGAUCAUAACAAGUUAGCUUGUUUAUGUAAGGGUGGAUAUAAUUAUAUAGCCACUCGAAAAAAAUUAAAAAAUAAUGAAGAUAUUUAUUCAUUUCUUACAAUCUUAGGCAUUAAUAUAGCCGGUGAUCAUAUGAAGAUAUAUGGACUUCAGCGGAAGGAUAAUAUUUACUUCUAUUUUCCAAUUGUCGAAGCCUGCAUACCUUUAGAAACUACUUCGUGGGAAAAUGUUCAAGAGAUAGUUUACGCGCUAUUAUUAAUACGUAAUAUUAUUAUAGUCGGAGCUCAUAACUUAAAGAUUGCUAAAAAAUCCAACAAUAUUGGAAAAGGGGAAAAAAAAGUUUCCAC